GUCAGGGUCGUACCACUCGAAGACGCGGAGGGGGGGGAGAGAAAGGAAAGAUGGGAGCUUCCAAUCCAACCCAUCUCAGAGCGGCCGUCUUUUCCCCCUCGCCGCUCUGACCUGAAAACUGGAGAAGGGAGACGGAGCCUACUUCCGGUUGGUUGCCAUGGAAGCCGGAGUCAACUUCCGGCGGCUGUCGGCGAGCCGGGAGGACUUGAACGGAGGAGGGAGGCGGUGGGCGAAGCGCCGCAAUUAUGCCUCCGAAGGAGAAAACCAAGCGCAAACAGAGCUUAAUUGGACUUAGACCUUCAAAAACAAAUUUAAGGAGACGGGAUGAAGAAGGUGGUGUUGAUGUGGGAGAAGGGGCUGAUGAAUGGACACAGGCCAAGACUCUCAUCAAGCCCGCAGACCAGCUGGAGUUGACCGAUGCCGAACUGAAAGAGGAGAUCACCCGGAUCCUGACAGCCAAUAACCCGCAUGCUCCACAGAACAUCGUCAGAUACAAUUUCAAAGAGAGAGCCUAUAAGCAAACCACAGCGGUGGAGCAGAUGGCGGUCCAUUUCUCCCUUUGUGGGAACCUGAUCUUCAAAGAUUCGGAUGAAGGUCGGAGGCAGAGCUUGCGCCAGAGCCAGAUUGCUGGUAGUGUGAAAAUCUGUGCAUCCGUCGGCGCAGUAGAAGGAGAGGAAAAGACCGAGCAGCUGGUAACGUUUCAUGGCAACCGAUCAACGGACAAUAUGUUGGCUGAAGCCCCAGAAGAAAAAGACCAGGAUGAGCAACCUCGUGCCCGGCCGGUGCAAGAACGGAAGCUCACCAACCAGUUUAACUUCAGUGAGAGAGCCUCACAGACCUACAACAACCCUGUGAGGGACAGGGCAUGCCAGAUGGAGCCCCCUCCGAGAGCGACCUUCUCCGCUACUGCCAACCAGUGGGAAAUCUAUGAUGCUUAUGUGGAAGAACUCCAGAAACUAGAAAAGUCAAAAGAGAAGGAAAAACAAAAAGCUCCAGUGGCAAAAAAGGAAGACCAGAUGAGGGGCAGAAAAUUAACUUCUCUGGAAUCUCAGAGUGACGAUGUGACCAAGGUCGCAAAGGCAACAAAGAUCGUGGAGCGGAUGGUGAAUCAGAACACUUUCGACGAUAUCGCCCAAGAUUUCAAAUACUUUGAAGACGCCUCUGACGACUACCGGGACAAUCUGGGGACGCUGCUUCCCCUAUGGAAGUUCCAGCACGACAAAGCCAAAAGGUUGGCCGUCACUGCCCUCUGCUGUCUUCUGAUGUUGGACUCCCUACGGCCCUCCUGCCACAUGCAUGUCUAUCCCUUGGAACACGGAGCUCUCUGCCGUUGGUCAGGACAUCGUGCGCAUGAUGACUUCAUGAAGCAGAGUCGAGGCAUGCUCUUGCUCUACACCUUGAAGAACCCCUCCUACCCUGAGUACAUCUUCAACAGCGAGAGCGGCAUCAUGUGCCUUGACAUCCAUGUGGACCACCCCUACCUGAUUGUGGUGGGCUUCUAUGAUGGCAACGUGGCCAUCUACAAUCUGAAGAAGCCGGCCAGCUCCCAGCCGGGCUACAAGAGCACAGCCAAGUCUGGCAAGCACACGGACCCUGUGUGGCAGGUCAAGUGGCAGAAGGACGACAUGGACAAUAACUUGAACUUCUUUUCAGUCUCCUCUGAUGGACGCAUCGUGUCUUGGACGCUGGUUAAGAACGAGCUGGUUCACACCGAUGUCAUCAAACUGCUGGUGGAAGGAACGACCCUGGAAGGGCCCGAGGGGCUCCAGCUGCAGACCACCGGCUGUGGGACCUCCUUUGACUUUCACAAGAAGAUUGAUUACUUGUUUCUCGUGGGCACGGAGGAAGGCAAAAUCUACAAGUGUUCCAAGUCCUAUUCGAGCCAGUUCCUGGACAUCUUCCAUGCGCACCACAUGGCUGUCGAUGCCGUCAGCUGGAACCCCUUCCACAGCAAAGUCUUCAUUUCCUGCAGCUCCGACUGGACAGUGAAGAUCUGGGACCACACGAUCAAGACCCCCAUGUUCAUCUACGACCUGAAUGCGGCGGUUGGCGACGUGGCCUGGGCUCCUUAUUCCUCCACCGUCUUCGCUGCUGUUACCACCGAUGGAAAGGCCCACGUCUUCGAUCUGAGCGUCAACAAAUAUGAGCCCAUCUGCAACCAGCCAGUGGUGGCCAAGAAAAAGAACAAGAUCACGCAUGUCCAGUUCAACGCCAUCUACCCCAUCAUCAUCAUUGGAGACGACCGCGGCCACGUGACCUGCCUGAAGCUUUCUCCCAACCUUCGCAAGAUGCCCAAGGAGAAAAAAGGCCAGGAGGUCCAGAAAGGCCCCGAGGUGGAGAUCGCCAAGCUGGACAAAUUGCUGAAUCUGGUGAGAGAGCCGGCAGCCAAAAGCAGCAAGUAAGGAAGGGGGGGAGACCCUCCCUCCCUGAUGUGCCCCCUCUCUGCCCCGCCACCCAUGUGGCCAGGAAGACCCAGGCUCCGGGAACAGGCACCCCAUUGUUUGGGCCAGGGCCCUGCAUGAACAGCUGCGCCAGCACCUUUUCAUUCCGAGACAAAGAGGGCUUUGUGUGUUUUUGGUUUUGCAUCCACAGAUUAAAAAGCUGAGGACGGACAGCACCCGAAUGGGUGCAGCCUCAUA